GCCUCCAGACAGAAGGAUGCCUGCAAGAGCAAGGAAAGGACAUGGCUUUUCAACGUCUGCUGGCGGUGUCCAAGUCGUUGAGGCCCCCGGCGCGUAUUCCUCAGCGCAAAACUUGAAAGAAAAGAACCGUCCGAAGCCCAGGAAAAAGGCCCGUGUUGACGGUGGCGACGUCACUAAGCGCUAUGACGGAGCGGCAGCAGCAGCAGGAGGAGGAGGAGGAGGGCGAAAGCGCCCUAGGGCGCCUUCUUGGGAGCGCGACUACCAGCAGAUCUGGAAGGCGGUGACGGACCUCGGUUCAGAACAGUUCACGGGGAAGGAGAAGAAGGCCUACGAAGCGCGCAAGAUCGUCGAGAGGGGUGGCAGGGUGGGUGGUGGUGGUGACGCAUCACAUACCAACCCGCUUGAUAUUGCCAGCACGAAGCACUGAGUGCCGUAUAAGUGCGGCGUUGCAAGUCGGUGACCACGACGAGAUCGGCCCCCUGUUCUCUUGAUACGCAUGCACGUCUUCGAAUUCCCAUCCCCGUUCCAUCUUGGCAUGGCAUACUCUACCGUGCUUGGCUCUGUUCCCAUGGUUAUGAUUCCCGGCCAUGGUACCACCGAUCGCCCCGGUGGUCUAGUGGUAUCCUCGUAAUCCGCUAGUCGCAGAGGUCGUGAGUUCGAAUCCCCAUGGGGUGAAGAAAUUACGAAAUUUGCGGGUGAAAGCGAAAUAUAGCUGACAAGCUCUCGUGAGUACCAAACUUCGACGUUAGCACCGUUGACGAGGGAAAGAGACGGCUGGACCCUUCUCGCGAUAAAAAUAAAAUUCAGCACGCACCGCAGCAGGAAGGUGGGGCAUGAAAAUAAACAAAAAGAAGAAAAAAGCCCUGGUGUUUACCCCCUCCUGUGUGACCCUGGAUGGUUGUAGUUGUACGAAAAAAUAUCCUGAAAAGUGUAGUACUAUACAUACGCUGAAAAGUGUAGUACACGUCUCACCACGAAAAAUGGGGGGACUGUCGCCAUAGGACGAAAACACACACACACAUACACACACACACACCGCUGUACCCGUUCCCCAAGAACCGUGUUUGCCUGCCAGUCUUGUCCAGCCCGCUCGUGCUCCAUCGAGCUCCAAUAUGUUCCUCUUGUCCUCCCUCCAGUAGAACUGGUGAGACCAAAUCACCGGACUACAUGCACCCCAUGACCUUGGCUGAACCGAAACGCACAACUCUCUGCUCGCUUUCUCGCAUCACGCCACGUGUGUGACGAACCACGCGAACGUAAUCUGCAGGCUCCGAAAGACCCGAGGAUGCCGUACGUGAUGCUCCAGGGACUCCGCAAGAAGGCCAAGCAGCGCGAGGAACGCCGGGUAGCCAUGGAGGCUGAGGCUGGUGUUGUCACUGGCAACGCUGGGUCGGCCAGGAGGAAGUCGGCGCAAACGUUUCGUGGCCGCGGUGGCGGCGGUGGUGGAAGCAGCAGGGGUUGCGGAAGUGAACGAGGAGGUGGUAGCUCGAGGUGGGUCCUGGGUGUUUCGUGUGUCACUCGAGAGGCCUUUGUUGCCCGUCAAGCAGUCCAGUGAGCAGACUUGGGGUCGAAGCGAGAUCGAAGGAUGCUGGUGACGGCAUUUUUGUUAUUUGUGCAGAAUGCAAGCAUUUAGUUCGAAUGUUAGUGGCGAUCCCCCGGGCGGCCCGUGGCGUUGUACCUUCUGUGGGACCAUUACGUAUGACGUAUGAUAUGACCCUUCUCUCCUUCUGAACACGUCUAUGAAUACCACCACCACCUCGAUCCUGCAGGGCGAAGUACUUGACACGGUACGCUGUGCUAUGGAUAAAAGAACGCGAAAAAAAAACAACGCAGCCCCUCACCCGCGGGUGGCCCCUCUACUCUCGUCUCUUCUUUUCCAUGUUUUUGGCUCAGAAGAAAUCUCAACCUCGUUCUUCUUCGUCUUCCCCGUACAAUGCCGGUUUCCUUGAUCUAACAUAGUCUUCGUCCUCACCCUGUGUGCUUCUUUCCCUACGCAAACAUUUUCGUUUUCCCGUUUUCUUGUAUGCGUGGUGCGUGUGGUAGACUUUGUGAUCAACUCAGUUCCACCCACCCCCGUACGCUUGGCCUGAGACUAAACACGCCUUCCCCUUGCUUUGUUGUGUGUUUAGCUUCGGGCCGGCUCCUUCGAUGGGCAUGAUGAAGUCCGGCGUGCUGCACAUCAGUCGAAACACGGCACCCCCCGGGGUCCGAAAGCGCAUGUCUGAACGCGAACGAAUGGCGGGAGGGCGUGGCGGCGGCGGUGGGGGAGGGGGGAGAGGAAAGGGAGGGUCGGGCGGGGCGAGAAGAGGGAGCAGGGGCUAGGUUGAGGGUUAGUCGUGAGGCGAGGGUGUAGAUAGUUGGUGCGGUUGGCAAUGUGAGUCUACUGCUAGGAGUCAGCCGGCGGACAAAGGAUGCCAGCCAUUAACAGUGGACCUCUGUCUGCCUGCUAGCGGUCCAUCUGUUGACAGGGUGUUUUACGCACGGUGUGUUACAAUACAAGGCACUACACUGAUGCCGUGUACGAGAACGUGUUCUUCUCCAUGCCGGAUGGCUGGUUUGGAGGGGAUCUGACACAAGGCUGGUGCACCGCUCCUGCAGAGUACGUGCCUGAUGAUGCUGCGGUUGUUGGUAACAGGAAGCUUGGGGUUUCCAGCCUCUCCGAGGUUAGACAUGGAAACAUGAACCUCGUUUAGUAUGUCUAGAUGAGAAUGCCUCUAAUCUUCUGCUGUGCUCUUGUGCUUGCUGCUCCCUGAGGCAUCUUGAUAGUAGCACGACACGAAGACACCUGUUCGUGUUCGGUUUCUACUGAGUACUGCAGAUAUUGCCCGCACUCGUGUUUCAGGACAAAGAACCUGAGCACCAUCGGUGUGCCGGGUUACGAACCUCUACACUACAACCUAUAUAUGUAGCGGCCAUUUGUAGAAGAGGAAGUACUGUUCUGUACUGUAAGAACACCAGCAUCGGCCGAAACUAUUAAAUUGAGGAUCCUAAGUGCGGGCGCUAUCUGUAGUGUUCGUGGUGAGCGUGUGUUGGGAGAUCAACAGGAUGACAUGCUAUGUCAGCCUGUGCAUCUGUUGUCUUGAUCCAAGACCACAGGGCACAAUAUCUGUUUGUCAUUGCAAGUUUGGUGGGGGGUCGAGACAUUUUCCUGGAAUGUAUUUUGUUGAGGCUGACCGGCCCUAUACCAUGUAGUCCCGCACGAGAUAUUAGAUAUUAGCGAAGCCAAUCGUAUGAUGCUUUCUGAAGUGUUUUCUGUCCGACCCGGAGCAACUCCUGAACCCUCCAGCUUCCUGUCAAUUCGAUUUCUCU